AUGGCUAUUUACAAUCCGUUCGCCAGGCGCGAAUCCCACGGCCGUUAUGCGCUGUCGACGUAUCGUGUCCUUGUUCCUCUAACAUGGCUGCUCGUCGUCAUAUUUGGUGUCUACUACACUUUGCACUCUCCAGAUGAUGUCAAGCAUGGUCGUAAAAUCUUCAAACAGGGACACGUUCACAUCACUCCCUUCAGUUUGAACACCACGAUUACUGAGAUUUACUGGGUUCUUCUGCUCCUCACGCAGCUCAGCUAUGUUUACCAUCUGUUCUCAAAUGAUGGCGCCAUCGCCAACGCAGCUGCCAACGUCGGAUCUCACUUCAUCUUGAACAACCUCUUUACCCUCGCCUGGAUCCUUUUGUGGACUCGCGGCCACUUCUGGGCCUCAGAAAUCAUGCUGGCGGCAAACUACCUCAACCAGCAUGCUGCCUACUGGCGUCACCGGGCCCUGCCGACGUUCGUACAUCUAUCGGCAAUUGCAGGCCCCUACGCCUGGACGCUGAUGGCACUUUUCUGGAAUGGAGCCGUCGCAGUUGGCAGCAAUAGUUUCCCUGCGCGUAUUGCCGCCAAUAUCUUCAUCUGGUUGAUUUUCGCCUUCGGCUCGACCCACAUCAUGGCAACCCAGGAUGACCUCUUGGGCUACUGUCUGACUUUCUUGACUCUUGCUUUGGCCGUCAAGCAACUGGCAAUCAAGGUCAUUGCGCUACAAUGGAUCUUUGCCUUUGUCAUCUUCGCUGUCUUCCUCGUCGAGUCGAUUUACCUCUCUAGCACCAAGUACUCCGGUCGCGACUCGCUAUUCCGUAGAAUCACGGAGCCCGAGCCUACUGACCGCGAGAGAGAGCCUCUGCUCAACAGUGCCGCCAAUCCUUAA